AUGGGGCUGUGCGCGAUAAAGCGUCUUGCUGGUAGCGUAUGGGGCUGUGCGCGCUCAAGUCUCAACACCACUUACAAGAUGUUUAUUCAGCCAAUAAUGCUGUAUGUUUGGAGACCACUCAUAACAGCCACAGAGGUGACUCUCAAACCCCUCGACAGCCACAGAGGUGACUCUCAAGCUACUCGAGAAGGCACACAACCAAGCAUUACGACUAAUAACUGGAGGGAUAAAAUCAACACCAUUGAUGCAAUGCUCCUGGAAAUCAAACACCCCUACGAACAAAUGCGCUCACUGGCCCUUGAGACAACCAAUGUAAAAUAUCCUGCAGAUAAAUGGCCUCAAGUCUUUAAUGAUGGGUCUUACACAGAAAAUCAAGCAAACGUUGAAGCCGUUGUCUACCAUGGACUCUUAUCUCUCUACGCAGCAGUAGGACACAAUAGAUCCGCUAUGAAAGAAGGAAUAGAGGCCCUAAACCAAGUAUGUUGUCUGGAUGCAAAAUUUCGCCCUCACUGUGAGCAAUAA